GCAGCGACAAAGUAGCUCGUCGUUGCAUUGAGUGAGAAACGACAGUCAAAGGGAGAGCCGGUAGCAUUUGCUUACAUUUUUUUCACAUCCUAAGAGAGGACACCGCAACAUAAAGCUAAGCCUUAAUAAAGGAGACUGGUAUGUGUAGGAACACAGAAGCGUGAGGAACAGCACAUUUUCGCCUAGCAGCCUAAGCAAGGACAGACUUGACCCUCGCUUCUUUUUUUUUAUAGAUAAAACUCGUUUUUUUGUUUGUUUUGGUUUGAGAAAGCUGCAGUUUAAGCAAUUUCACCGUCUUGUUACCGCCCACUCCUGCAAAGCAACAUCUGGUUGGCAGAUUUUCAAUCGAAUCUCAUGUAUUUCGGUGAGGGCAUAUCCUAGUUAGGUCCUGUUUUGUGCUUUUCUUUUACCCACGUCCUGUCCCAAAUAAAAAAGGAGCGGCUAUUUUUUGAACGCUGCUCGUGAGAAAUUCCUAGUUAAGAUUCCAUUCGUUCCGAUGUGACAAGACAACUCACAGUGGUCAUCUGUUUUCAAGGCAAUACACAUGCAUUUCCAAAUUCUGCGUUUUUAUUAGCUAAAGCUUUGGCGGUCAUAAAUUGUUAGACAGGCUACAUUGUAAACAAAGAAGAAGAAGAGACUUAUCAAAGAAGAUGUUGCUUAAGGAGUACAGGAUAUGCAUGCCGCUGACUGUUGAGGAGUACAGGAUUGGCCAGCUGUAUAUGAUCAGCAAGCACAGCCAUGAGCAGAGUGACCGCGGUGAGGGGGUGGAGGUGGUCCAGAAUGAACCGUUUGAGGACCCCGCCCACGGUCAGGGCCAGUUCACAGAGAAACGUGUCUAUCUCAACAGUAAAUUGCCCAGCUGGGCUCGAGCAGUGGUGCCCAACAUCUUCUACGUAACAGAGAAGGCCUGGAACUACUACCCUUAUACCAUAACAGAGUACACCUGUUCUUUCUUGCCCAAGUUCUCCAUUCACAUAGAGACGAAAUACGAGGACAACAAAGGCAGCAAUGACAACAUCUUCUCAGACAGUGAAAAUAAAGACCAGGAAAGAGAAGUGUGUUUUGUGGAUAUCGCCUACGACGAGAUCCCUGAGAGAUACUAUAAAGAGUCUGAGGACCUGCGGUACUUCAAGUCAGAGAAGACGUCGAGGGGCAUGCUGCAGGAGGGCUGGAGGGACACCCAGGAGCCCAUCAUGUGCUCCUACAAGCUGGUCACCGUCAAGUUUGAAGUGUGGGGCCUGCAGACGCGCGUAGAGCAGUUUGUACACAAGGUGGUGCGUGACGUGCUGCUCCUGGGCCACAGGCAGGCUUUUGCCUGGGUGGAUGAGUGGAUCGACAUGACGAUGGAUGAGGUGAGAGAGUAUGAGCGCACCAUCCAGGAAGCCACCAACGAGAAGAUUGGGAUUUUCCCCCCGUCGAUCUCCAUCAGCGAGAUGCCCCUGUCCUCCUGCACCCUCUCCGGCCCUGCCAGCGCCCCCACCACCCCCCUCUGCACUGAUGCCCCAGAGUUCCUCUCCGUCCCCAAGGACCGAGCCCGCAAGAAGUCCGCCCCUGAGACCCUCACCCUGCCCGACUCCGCUACCCAGAACCAGAGUGGAGUCCCCCAGGGCUCUAUGCUGGUGCCAGUUCCAAAUCAAAAUCACUCCCCCUGGCCCUCCUCUGACUCUGACCAGGCUGGGUUAGGGGGGGAAUAGGAGGGACGGGAUGUUCUUUUCCCCAAUAUGCCCCGCCACCUCACUGUCUUAGUAGCCCAGCAAGACUAGCCUCUACGCCCCAGUGCCCAGUCCUCCAGGCCCAACUAACCAUAUCCCAGAGUUCAGUGCUUCUUACACAUAUCACCAGAGGUCAAAGGUCUAACCACCAGUUUCCAAUCUCCUACAUCCUCAACACAAGUCGGUUUUGUCAGCCUUCAAUGGAUGGCUUCCUCUUCCUGAGAUCUAGCCAAUCAGAUGUCUGACCGACUGUGACAACCACCUAAGCUGUCCAUCAAGAGAACAUAUCCACAAGGGGUUUUGUGUCCUGUCCUCAAUUAGCGAUCCCUGUGUUCAUCUUAAAAUACGUUAUUGAUAAAAUGCCACAUGGAUUCUAUUUUUUUAAAUAUAUCAGGUCAGCUGAUGAUCCUUAUGUAAUGUAAAUGUAGUUGCCAUAACACCACGAAAUUAGAGAUACAAUGAUAUUAAUAUUGUUUUGUGAACAUCUUUCCAUGGACUUCUCAGCCUACAAAUAUAUCGAAAUAUAAUUUGGACCUUGAAAUAAAUACACUUUUUAAAUUAACAAAAUGGAAGUAGGAGUACUGUAGUAUAGUUAGAUUUUAUAAAUACAUUGACACCACCUUUCACCUGGACAGAGGACAGACCAUUCAAAACUGAACCCAGAUCUGUGUAUGUUCACGUCUCCACUCCACACUCCUACUGAAACAGAUGCAAGAUCAGUACAAUCACAGAAAGAGAUCCCUUCUCAGGUCUCCAGAGCUCUGCCUCAGCCCUCUUUAGGAAGGGCAGGGAACGUAACCAUUCUCUCCUUGCUUUAAAACACAAUUUUUAUACCUGCACAGAUAUAUCUAUAUACUAUAUCUAUACUCACCUGUCUACUUAACUAACCUUUGGAACGUUUACACAACAUUAGAUAAGCCAUGAUAAAAUACAUAUUGGGUAUCAAGUUUGACAUUGAGGAGUGAUGCAGUCCGUUUAAUCAAAUUGGUAUAGCAACAGAACAGAUAUGACGAGGGAAAAUGACAUUUGGGGGAUAUGCUGUAAAUGUAAGUGAACAUUGAGCACAGUGGAGUUGAUAAGAAAUUCCAUGCUUUCGCAGGGCACUCGCUUCAACCUGGCCUUAUUCUAUGUACUUGGUUAUCUUUGCGUUGUGCGCAUUGUGUUUUUAGGAAUACCGAUAAUGUUGCUUGCCAAUGUUGGUUCUGUACCAGUUUUGGUGGGAUCCGAAAGUUAUUUUGACGCAACAACGUUAGCGGCGGCCAUCUUUUUUUCCCCUGCGCUAGCCUCACCACUGUGUCAUCAGAAACUUUUGGGGGGGGGGACAUUGAGGACUGAAGGUUUCUCUUUAUGUAAUGCCCUAGCUACUGUUUUAUACAAUCACAUAAAUGCAUAAAGGGGCCUCAUAUGCCGCAUGAAAUGUUCACAAACAUGUAUACAUAUGUGAAGUAUAUGUGUAUAUAAAUGGCAGGAUAUAUUGUGGAUGCGAAAUUGUGGAGAAAGCGAAUGUGCCGUUGUCCUAGGCUCUGUAGUGUAACCAUUGUAUAGUAAAGCCAAGUUUUAGCAGAGACUGAAACGGAGCAUGUUCUGAGAAGACAACUCUCUACUCAGUGCCUCUGCAUGCAAAAGUCUCUAUUGUCUCGUCUGAAUACAAAUCCAAAACAUUUCAAUGAAGAAAAAACAUCCCAUUUUGUUGUGAUGUUAAAGGGCAAUUGCACCACUUUUCAACCUCAUUUUCAUUAUCUCCGGCACAAUACCGGUGUCUGCAUAUGUGAAAAUGGCGCAGUUCUACAUUUUGUAGAAAGAAAUAUAAAGUUACAAAGUUCUGCCCGAUGACAUCAUCAACCAUUUUUUUUUAACUGAUUUUCAAACACAUUGAGAUUCACGGUGACGUGGAGAAAUAAAAUACCCCCCUCUGGCUUGAAACUCGU